UCCCAUAUAAGCUCUCCUGUACCUACUCGGAUCUCCUCUUUGCUCAUCUCCUCAAGCGUUACGUUUCCACGUGGCCUAUUCCAAUCUACUCUUUUCUUGUCCCCUUUUCCAUUAAGUCAUUCUUUCAAUUCGAUCUUCGGGUUGCAUAGACGCUCUGCUAUCUUGAAAUAAACAUUGAAAUCUUCCAAUUUAGCUUUGUGAAAAUGGCUUCUGCCGCGAGAACUUUCUCUCGCUCCGCCUUGCGUUCCGGGCUUUCCUUCCGAGCUGCUGCGAAAUCGAAUGCUCGUGCUGUGCUCCCAAGACAAGCAGUGCGCAAUUCACACCGCGGAUUUGCUACUGAAGCCUCCCCCAAGUCUGGUGGUUCUGGCCUUGCGUGGGGUCUGGGUCUGGUAGCUGCCGGCGGUGCUGGCUACUACUUCUACUCUAAGAGCACCAGCGCAGGCGAAGUGGCGGAGAAGAGCAAGCCGCAAGUCUUCACGCCCAAGAAGGAGGAUUUCCAGGCUGUGUACGAUGCCAUUGCCAAAGCACUUGAGGAGCACGACGAUUAUGAUGAUGGCAGUUAUGGCCCUGUUCUUCUGAGACUUGCCUGGCACGCCAGUGGAACAUACGACAAGGAGACCGGCACUGGUGGCUCCAAUGGAGCCACUAUGCGAUUUGCUCCAGAGGGUGACCACGGAGCUAAUGCUGGCCUGAAAGCCGCUCGCGACUUCCUUGAGCCCAUCAAAGCACAAUUCCCUUGGAUUACCCACUCCGAUCUCUGGACCCUUGGCGGCGUCUGUGCCAUUCAGGAGAUGCAGGGACCCAAGAUUCCAUGGAGACCCGGUCGUCAAGAUCGUGACGUGAGCUUCUGCACGCCUGAUGGACGUCUUCCCGAUGGCUCUAAGGAGCAAAGCCACCUUCGAGCCAUAUUCCACCGCAUGGGAUUCGAUGACCGCGAAAUCGUUGCUCUUAGUGGUGCCCAUGCUCUUGGCCGCUGCCACACGGACCGUAGUGGCUAUGACGGCCCAUGGACUUUCAGUCCUACUGUCCUUACCAACGAAUAUUACCGCCUCCUGCUUGAUGAGCAGUGGAACUGGAGAAAGUGGAACGGCCCCAAGCAGUUCCAGGACAAGUCCAGCAAGUCGCUCAUGAUGCUUCCCACCGACAUGGCUCUGGUCAAAGACAAGGCCUUCAAGCCACAUGUCGAGCGCUUUGCCAAAGACAAUGAUGUGUUCUUUGGCGAAUUCCGGGACUGCGUUGUCAAGCUUUUCGAACUUGGUGUACCAUUUACCAGCUCCGAGAGCGACAGAUUCACUUUCAAGGCUAGCACUGACGAGUGAACCAACGAACCUUUUGUCGUUUGAAACAUUUCUGUUCUUGUAAGGCUUUUGUUUGAAUGGAUUGCGAUUUUUCUUGGUGUGAUAUCAGCUUUGUUUUUGCGAAAAUAUUCUCCAGCGUUGCAGCAUCUUGUACUUAAUUCUUCACCUCCAUCUGCGUCACAGCCAGCAGUGGCAUUUUAAAGCAUGGCGGCCUACGCUCGCCACGGCUAGAUCUAUUAGAGAUACACUAAACUAGAUCUAUAAAGGCAUAUUGAUUCUAAUAUUGUCGUUUAGUUCAUCACAUUGUUCUGAGAGAAAAGCUGGGAACGUCGAACGUCUUCAUCCAAUGUCACCAGACAAUGUAACUCAUAGGCACGAAUUGUCGGGC